AUGGACGCCUCCUCCCUCCGCAUCUCCAAGUUCGAUGGAACUAACUUCCACGCCUGGAAGUUCAAGAUGCAGAUGGUGCUGGAGGAACGGGACCUAUGGGAGGUCGUCAGCGGUGAGAUCAAGGCGGAACAGUGCGAGACUCAGUUGGACCAAGCGACGUACAAGAGGAAGUCAAGAAAGGCGAUGGCAGUGAUCUGUCUAGCCAUGGAAGAUUCCCAGCUACCGUUGGUCCGGUCGGCAAGUGGUGCAUGCGACGCAUGGUCAAGGUUGGAAGACCACUUCGAGAAGAAGAGUCUUGCCAACAAGCUGUUCUUGCGCCGUCGCUUCUUCACGACAAUGAUGGAAGAAGGCGACGAUGUGCUCGAACACAUCAACAAGCUCAAGACGCUGGCGGAACAGCUAGAAGCGGUGGGGGCUCCAGUCUGCGAGGACGAUCUGGUGAUCACACUCCUCGGCAGCCUGAGUGACUCGUAUCAAUUCUUGAUCACAGCUUUGGAGUCGCGCUCAGACACUCUUAGCUGGGAGCUCGUGACGUCUCGACUGCUUCAUGAAGAAAUGAAGCGGAAGGAGCAAGGAAGUAAAGGUGAUGAAGCUUCGCAAGGUCAAGCGUUCAUCACAAGGGACAAUCAGCGCAAAGGGCGACCAGUGAAGAAGUCCUGGCCGUGCCACAAUUGCGGAAAGAUUGGUCACUGGAUGGCGGAGUGCCCCUCGCGCAUCCAAGAAAACACGGAGAGACACCGGCCACAGCGUGCUCAAGACAGCGGCGACCGCUAUCGAUCACAACGUGCAAACGUCGCUCAAGAAGAAUACUCGGGCGACUACCUCUUUUCGAUCGGUGAAACGACAUCUGCGAAAUCGAGCGACAUCUGGCUGGUCGACUCCGGGGCGACGCAGCACAUGACGUGCUCCAAGAAGUUCAUGCGGAACUACAAGGGGUUUGACGCUGUGGAUGUCCAUCUCGCGGAUGACGGAAUCGUCCAAGCAAUCGGCAGUGGGGACAUUGUCAUGUCGAUGAAGACACCCCCAAGGGAUGAAGAAAGAAACCUGUUCUCGGUCGGCCGCUUCACCAAGGAUGUCGGCCCAGUGACGUUCACGAAGGAUGGGUGCUAUGGAGAAGCGAAAGGGACCAAGUGGAAAAUUGGUGCCCGUGAAGGUAAAGGACUGUUCAAGCUGCAAAUGACUCCAGUGGCGCCGGAACAAGCAAAUGCAGCCAAGUCGUCGGGAUGUCAAGGGGGCACCAAGUCGUACCUCUGGCACCUUCGGCUUGGCCACAUAGGUCACGAUGGACUCAAUUGCAUCGUGACGAAGAACAUUGGAAUUGGCAUCGACAUAUCUUCGGUGAAGAAGUGGGACGUGUGUGAAGGUUGUGCUCUGGGAAAACAGACUCGAGUGCGCUUCCAAUCAAACACUACAGCUCGCACCUCCAAACUCCUCGAAGUGAUUCACAGCGACGUAUGCGGACCGAUGUCGAUGGCAACUUUCAGUGGAAAACGGUACUUCGUGACAUUCAUUGAUGACAAGUCAAGAUACUGUGUCGUCUAUCUGCUCAAGAGCAAAUCUGAAGUUGCGGCGAAGUUCAUGGAAUACGCUGCGAUGGCCGAAACGCAAACCGGAAAGCGCGUGAAGUACCUUCAAAGCAACAAUGGGGGUGAAUACAAGUCCGACAAGCUGGCACGAUUCUGCGCGGAACGGGGAAUACAACAAAGGUUCACACCCCCAUAUACUCCUCAGCUAAACGGAGUAGCUGAGAGAAUGAAUCGCACGCUGGUCGAGUGUGCGCGUUGCAUGAUGGAACACGCUGGACUGGGAAAGAGCUACUGGGGUGAAGCAGUGAUGACGGCGAUGUUUCUUCGAAACCGCUGUCCAACACGUGCCAUUCACCAAGACAAGUCUCCAUAUCAAGUGUGGACGAUGAAGAAACCGAUUCUGGCCAACCUUAAAGUGUUUGGAUGCCACGCGUAUGUUCAAGUGCCUCAAGACAAACGCGCGAAGUUCGACUCCAAGUCAUCACUCUGUCGUUUCCUGGGAUACGCCGAACACCAGAAGUCAUAUCGAUUUGAGGAAGUGUCAACAGGAGCGAUCAAGAUCAGUCGCGAUGCCACAUUCAUGGAAGACAAGUUUGAUGAAGGUCCGCGCAACUACAACGAUGAGUCAAGUGUCGUUGAGUUUGAUGAUCAUGAUGAGGACGAAGAAAAAGAAGAAGGUAAAACUGACGACGACAUGGACUCGAGCGACGAUGACAACGAAGACACCAGGUCUUCGAAGAGCAACAUCAAGAGACACACGCGCACUCAAUCACUUGAGAAAGCUACCGUCAUUCCAAGUCCCAAGCGAAGAACAUACAGAGGUCCGUCGCUUGAGCAUGUGUCAGCGGCUGCAAUGGAUUUUGAAGCAGCCUACAUCGUUGAUUCAGUGGGGGAAACGCCGACUACAUUCAAGUCGGCGAUGGAAUCAAGCGACUCCGGCAAGUGGAAAGAAGCGUGUGACUCGGAGUUCGAUUCGCUUCAGAGAAACGACACGGGGAAAUCGUGCCUCUUCCGAAAGGUCGCAAGGCCAUCGGGUGCAGAUGGGUUUUUCGUGUAA